CAGCUCGUCGCGUUGAUGAAAAUCAUCCUGUUUCAAGCGGCCAAAAUUCAGAGCAUCUCGAACGGGCGUUUAGUUAACAUCUCGAAUUUAUUGGGUUGUGUGUAUUCUGGUUCUACUGUGAAAUAAUCGAAAAUCUUUUCAACUCUCCAAAUCAAUAAAAUAACUAUCAAAAAUGGUUUACGAAAGUGAUUUCUAUACUACCCGCAGAUCAUACACAAGACCAACCGUUUCGUCGUAUACAGUCUCGGAAAAGGUGAAGACUUCGGUUCGGACGAAAGCUGCGAAGUAUCCUAUCUACAGUUACACACCCGUGGUUAGACGUGUAUACACGGCAUCCUACCCAAUAUACUCAUACAAAUCAAUCCCCUAUGUCGCCCACAAACGUUUAGUAGUUGGCACUCGAAUUAUUAAUUCGCCAGUACGGUCAACAUAUUCACCAAUUCGUUAUAUCCGUACUACACGCACCUACUCCCCAGUGCGUGUGAUCGAAUCACCAGUUAGAGAACUAUCACCAAUUAGGACAACGAGUUUGACCUACUCCUCACCAAUUACCACCUACUCGUACUCCUUGCCAAUCUCAUCCUACUCGUACAGUUCACCACUUACCAGCUAUACACCAAGCUAUAGAACCCUACCCUCCACCCUAUACAAGGAAUAUCAGCGUAUUGAAAACAGGGUUCGCCCACGAUUUGGGUACCGCUAUCUCGACGAUUAUUUGAACUCGAAUAGUUAUAUUCAAUUCGAUGAUGAAGCAAGACGUAUUCGUACAUCAGCUGCCACACUCCUACGUGAAAUCCAUACCCCUGUGUUCCGUAGAGCACGCAGUGUCACACCCUUCCCAGUGACAAGACCUGAGCCUGUUUCAUCAUCGGUUCUCAAUGCCUACAUUUCUCGAGUAACAAACCCAUUGAGGCCCUACAUCGACGAUCCAUCUAUCAAUUUGGACCCCAUCACUCGCAGAUAUAUUGGAGGAAAAAGCCACCUAGCAUCCGUACGCUAUGUAGGUGGAAAAGCCUACAAUAUCCGCAACCCCCUCUACGAUCCUGAUCGUGUUCGUACUGAUGUCGAGUUCCUUUCCCGUUACUUGAGGGAUCGUCGUGCCAUGAGUGAAAAGUUGCCCGCGAGGGAACUCCUGUUGGAUUCAGCAAAACUUGAUCCAUUCCGACCGACACGUAAAUUCACAAACCCCAAGAUGAUGGAAGACCCCAAGGAUGAAAAGGAAAAGGAUAGCACAACUGGAUUAACCGAAGACGAAAUCGAUUUGGAGAAGAAGAAAGCUAGACGUUUGGAGGAGCUUAGGAGAUGUGAAGAAAAGGCCAUUGCUGAGGAGUCUAAAAGGAAGAGCCGCGUGGCCGAUGAAGAGCGGGCAGCCGAGCUUGCUAGGCAAGAAGAGUUAGCACAACAAGCAGCUGCAGAGAGAGCUGCUGAAAUGGAACGAAUUAAACGUGAAAAGGAAGCCGAAGAAGCCCGCCUAGCUGAAGAAGCACGAAUCGCAGAAGAAGCUCGUCUUGCCGAAGAGGCUCGCCUUGCCGAAGAAGAGCGCCUUGCCGCUGAGGAAGCUCGACUCGCGGAAGAAGCCCGCCUCGCUGAAGAAGCUCGUCUCGCAGAAGAAGCCCGCCUUGCUGAAGAAGCUCGCCUUGCUGAAGAAGCUCGCCUUGCUGACGAAGCUCGCUUGGCCGAAGAAGCCCGUCUCGCAGAAGAAGCUCGUCUGGCCGCCGAGGAAACUCGCAUCGCAGAAGAACAAAAGCUGCGUGAGGAGGAACUUGCUCGAUUAGCAGAACUCGAAAAGAUUGCUGAAGAAGAACGCGAAGCUGAGCUGGCCAGACAAGCAGCCGAGUUGGCUGAGAUUGCUCGACAAGAAUCAGAACUUGCCGCACAGGAGUUAGAAGCCAUCCAGAAAUCCGAAAGCGGCAAGGAUAUUAAUGCUAAUGUCACCAGUAACGAAGAAUUGACUGAAGAUGAAGAUUCCCAUGCAAUUGCUGAUGAACCACCACAAACGCCUGUUUCAGAUUCAGGACGUCAUUAUGUUCAAUCACCUGAACCUGGAGCAAUUGCCUCCGAUCUCACUGAAACAGAGUCGGAAGUAGAGUAAACAACUGCCAUUUCACAAUGACUUUUCAGACAUAACUCGUCAAUAAUCUCUGCCAUAUUUCAUUUUCAAAAAACGAGUUUCCAAAACAAAUGAAAACAGAUAAAAUAGAAAGACAAAUCGAAGUUCACCAGACAAACUGUAAAACCUUCCAAUUUUCCAAGAAAGAAAGGAAGUAGGACGAGGAUAAUGUGAAAGCCCUAAUAUAUCAACUUAUAUAGGAUGUUACUUUCGCCGAACCUUCGUAUCUAUCUUGAAAUCAUAGAACUUAUAGUAUCGAUGAAAUGCAUUUUAAUUUGACUUUUUCUCGUGCCUUUCUGUCACAUCGUUGACUUUAUAUUUCUCCUCGUGUAUUUAUCUUUAAAUAAUUUACUCAUAUUGAUUAAACUGUAAGAUAUGAUGUGAAUUAAAAAAGAUAUAAUCCCUCAAGUUAUUAAUCGUGUAUUUGUUACAAUGUACGUUAUCUUUUAUUAUUGUUAACUACAUAAAUAAUAUCGGUAAAAUGUUGUC